AUGACGAAAGCCACCGUCUAUUUCGACGGGCGCAUUGUAUGGGAGCCGCCCGUUAUCUACAAGAGUUACUGUCCAAUCGACGUCGAGUUCUUUCCUUUCGACAUGCAACAAUGCUUCAUGAAAUUCGGUUCCUGGACAUAUGAUGGUAACCAGGUCGACCUACAACACUUCUGUAUGGAAAAAGGUGUCACGACUGCCACUGGGGAAGUGGUUAUUCAUGAAGGCAUCGAUCUGAAGGAUUAUUACCCAAAUGUUGAAUGGGAUAUCAUCAAUGUAACGGCCCGACGCAAAGAGAAGUUCUACAGCUGCUGUAUCGAACCUUAUCCGGAUAUAGUGUUCAACGUGACCCUACGAAGACGCACCUUAUUCUACACGCUCAACCUGAUCGUGCCUUGUGUUUCUAUAUCCUGCUUAACCGUACUUGUCUUUUAUCUCCCUUCUGACAGCGGCGAAAAGAUUACUCUGUCCAUAUCAAUUCUGCUCGCAUUGACCGUCUUCUUUCUGCUCCUAUCCGAUAUCAAUCCACCUACCUCGCUCGUCGUGCCACUUAUAGGGAAGUACCUAAUGUUUACAAUGGUGGUGGUGGCCAUGUCAAUCUUCAUGACCGUUUUUACUUUACACAUGAAUUAUCGAGGACCGACUACGCACAAGAUGCGACCGUGGAUGAGGAGGGUUUUUACGGAGAUCCUACCUCGGAUUCUGAUGUUAAAACGACCUGAACCGCGACGCAAGUCCAAUGUUGCGGUUCGUACGUGUAACGGAAUUGAGUUCCGUGAGACGUACACCGUAGCCCGGGAUUGGAGUCGUUACCGAAACAUCCCACCGCCCUGUGCCAGUCGGCUGAGCCACACACACCAACGACCCACCCGGUUACUGAUCGAUGACCAAAAUAUCAACCGGGUGGCUGGAAAUCGAUACGUCAACGAAAUUCAAGAUGUUAUCGAAGGGGUUAAAUAUAUUGCAAACAGAAUGCAGGCACAUGAUGAACAUGCUGAGGUAAGGUAA